UUAAAAAACUAAACACAUUUAUUUUUAAUAAAUUGAUUAUUAAUAUAAACCUAAUCCCUUUCAAUCAAAAUUAAAUGUAAUGCAUUUUAAAAUUUGGUAAGUAUGAGAUAAACACAUAAUUUGAUUAAAAUGAAUCUGCCGAUCUUGCCAAGAGUGAGGCGCGCUGCGCACAUCUGAUGCUCUUUCAUGAGUGAAGAUACCGAUUGAUUUCUCGUCAACAGUAGCUAGCCUAGCCAUGGCACAAAAGCGCAUUUUGGAUUUUUUUAUACAACCACAGGCUAAAAAGCCUAAAAAAUUGGAGGCAGAAAACUCUGUUACAACUGAAACAGAAAGUAGCAGCAGCACCGCUGCACUGGUUACUCCCAGGGCGAUCCUGCUAGCAACAGGCGACGAGGGAGCUAGCCAAGCUAGCCGCACCAAGGCAGCCGUGGAGGGAACAUCAACAAAGGCAACUCAGUGCUGCCAGCCUCGGGGUCACAGUUUUCCUUCCAGACGUUUUGGAGAUGAGGAUUUUUCCCGUUCUUUUCAGCCGCAGUGGUUUGAAAAAUGGAGGUGGAUACACUAUGACAUUGAGAAUGAUUGCACUUUCUGUUUUGCUUGUAUCCAGGCUGUUGAGAAAAAUCUGGUGGCUUCCCGUCAGCAUGUGAAUAAAGAUAGGCUUUUCGUCGAGAAAGGAUUUUUUAACUGGCGCAAGGCAUCUGCUAAAUUUUGUCUGCACGAGAAAUCGGCCAUUCAUAAAGAUGCUAUUCGCACUCUUGCGGGGUUAGAAAAAACGCCAAUAAGUGCUCUGCUCUCCGAUAUUGCCGCCAAAGACCAGCAAACAGCAAGGAAUGUCCUGGAGAUAUUAUUUCGCUCCAUAGCAUUCCUGGGACGAAAAGGAAUCCCGUUUAGGGGUGACACGACUCGUGAGGGUGUGCUCUAUGACCUGAUGCUGGAACGGACUUUUAAUUUACCCAAAGAAGAAGAGUGGAUAAAGAAGAGGGAUAAUUGGAUGUCUGACACAAUACAGAAUGAGAUAAUCGAACAGUUUGCUCAGGCUGUUCAAAAGGACAUAGUAACUCGCGCAUCAGACUGCCCGUUCUAUGGACUGACAGCUGACAGCACCACGGAUAUCAAUGCUACGGAACAAUUCUCAUGCAGCCUUCAAUUUGUUGACAGUAAUCUUCAGUCUCACUGUAAAUUCUUGGGAUUUUACUCGAGCCCUGACACAACUGCAGAAACGCUGUUUAAGUGUUUGAAAGACAUCUUUGUGAGAUUGAACAUCUCUUUGGAUCGCCUUCAAGGAUAUUGUUUUGAUGGUGCAAAUAACAUGUCGGGCCGCUUUUCCGGUGUUCAGGCCCGACUGAAGGAAAUAUGCCCCGAGUCCUUGUAUGUUCAUUGCAGCAACCACUCCCUGGACCUUGUGCUGCAAGAAGUUGCACGUGAGGUGAGCCUAGUAGCUGACGGGUUAAACUUCGUACAGGGUGUUGCAGGUGUUAUCAAAGAAUCUUCAAAACGCAAACAGCUUUUUGAAACACUUUUCGGCUGUGAUGACAUCAUUGUCAACAUUUUAGGACUAUGCCCAACGAGAUGGUGUGUGCGCACCAAAGCAAUUCAACGCUGCUGCGCAACGUACACUGUUGUUUUGGCGACACUGGAAAGCUUGAAAGACGAUAGAGGCGUAAGAGGGGAUGCAAGGGCAAAAAUAUCAGGACUGCACAAACAGGCACUCAAUGGAAAAACUCUUUUCAGCCUCCUCUGCUGCGAAGCCCUUUUUGGGCCCUGUGAAACUGUGGCAAAGAGCCUUCAGAGUGCAAAAUCAAGUGCUCUUGGUGCCAUUGCUUGUGUAAACCUACUCAAGGUCAGAGUAGGGUCACUGAGAGAUGACAAGGUGGUGGCUGAAAUGGUAGAAAAGGUGAAAGUGUGUGCUACCCAGAAUGGUCUGAAGAUGCCAGAUGCUGAGCCCAGAGUAAGCAGAACACCUGCUCGCUAUCGCCAAGCUGUCGGCCCUGAAGCGUUGUCACAGGCAACAGGUGAACUCAAAUGGAAAGCUGACUUUUAUGAAGCUCUGGAUUUGGUCCAGUCUGAACUCACCAGGAGAUUCGACCAGAACGGGAUGAAAACAGCUGCAUUCAGGGAGAAGACCGUAAUUGAUGCAGCAAACAGCCGCAUAUCAUCGGAACUUGACGCACAAUCUCUUCAGCUUCCUAAACAGCUUGACACAGGGCGACUGCACCUUCAGCUCCAAAUGUUGGGAGAUGUGUGUAAAGAGGCCGACUCCCCAUGCGAGACAGUACAAGAAGUUGCCUCACAUCUGUCUAACCUGCACCCUCAAACCAGAGCUCUAUUUGGAGAAGUAGAGGAUCUUAUAAAACUUUGCAUGUGCCUACCGAUCUCUGUUGCUUCUUCAGAGAGAACUUUCUCAACCCUUAGACGCCUUAAAACCUGGCUGCGGAGCAGCAUGUCCCAAAAGAGACUAACUCACCUCACCCUCAUCCACGUACACGGGGACAUCGUUGCCCAGUUGGAUAUUCAUGCAAUGAUGAAAACUUUCAUCAGUGUCAACCCGGAGCGCAAAAACACCUUUGGAGUGUUAUGACUGCAGCACAAGGACUGCGUGUGUGGGAGCAGUGGCAACCAGCAGAGAGCGGCGGAGGAUCCGACUGGCUUGCGCUUGCUUCGCUUUUAACAUAAUUUUUUUAUACACUUGUGUUUAGUGGCUCCGUUUUUGAGCUUGUAGUAGGCCUAAUCUGUACCAAUGAGCCGUGUGCCUAUAUCCUGCAUUACUCGUGCCUAGCCCUUGUUUUGUAUUAUGGACGUUUUUCUUGUUUUUUCGCUUGUGGAGUGUGC